GUUUUCUUUAUAUUUGAUAGCAUCAUGGUCGUCCAAGAGAGAAGACAGAUCGCUUCGAGCUAAAGUGAGAAGACAUAUAGGGAUACACUUGUAUUCAUGUUAUACAAGAUAUUAUAUCACUCUACUGCAUUAUCGCUUUCCCUAUUUUUACUACAGUCAUCAUGGGUGACUCUUAUUUGAGAGAAAUCAUAGAAGACGCUAGCAAAUAUGGCGAUAGCGAUAGAAAGGAAAUAAUAGACCAACUACGCAUCGAAUUGGGCGUGUCGUCGCUCCCAUCAGCAGAUGAACUCAAGGACGAUAUCAGAUCUACAUUUCUGACACCACCAAAUAAGCUAAUAACUAAGAGCUUUCAGACUAUACCAAGAGAUCCAAACGUGAGGUCAUUAUUACAGUCAAAUAUCUCCUCUCCUUCUUCCAAGUUAGCGUUUCAAAGAGCCGGUUUGGAUGGUAAUAUUAUCGGUCAUAGCGAAGUCCAAAUUCCAAUCGCUGCAAGGGAAGACGCGAGAACAUCCACUAGUAUCCAUAGAGCUCCGACCGAUGCGGCGUCAUUCGUUAGAGGAAAGAGUGGAAAUGUUCCAUUCGCACCAGGUGGAUUGGACGUCGUUAAAGAGCUUUCAGACGUUGGGUCUAGAAGAAAAAACGGUAUAGAUGGUGAAAAUGCGGGUAGUACCGUCGAUUUGUCCAAGGGCGGUUUAAGGACUGUCCCACCAGGGUUUGAAAGGGGUUUGAAGUUUGAAGGAGACGACAGCAAUUCUUUGGAAGCAAUUGGAGGAGUCUCGAACGUCGCAGAACCUAGCACAUCUAAGCAUACAGCCGUUUCGACAAACAGACAAGCGGAUGGCAAUGUAUUAUCCAAUCAAGCAUAUGCGGAUGCUUCAAUAGAUGAGCUUCUACCAGAUUCCAAACCACACAUCCCGACUACGGCUGCCAACUCGCGUCGUAAGGCUCAAUUAGCUAAAAGAGAAUGGGCGCAUGUUGUCGAUGCCAAUAAAGGUCUUGCAAAUUUCGAUGAGUUGGUUCCAGAUAUGGCUAUAAAGUAUCCAUUCAAGCUAGAUCAUUUCCAACAAAAUGCAGUCUAUCACUUAGAAAUGGGAGAUUCAGUUUUUGUUGCUGCUCAUACAUCAGCCGGUAAGACCGUCGUUGCAGAGUACGCCAUAGCGUUGGCAGCUAAACAUAUGACGAGAACUAUUUAUACAUCACCAAUUAAGGCACUCUCUAAUCAAAAAUAUCGUGAUUUUAAGACGACAUUCGAUCCAGCAACCGUUGGAAUUCUAACUGGAGAUGUUCAGAUCAAUCCAGAAGGUAGUUGCCUGAUUAUGACGACCGAGAUUUUACGUAGCAUGUUAUACAAAGGUGCCGACUUGAUCAGAGAUGUUGAAUUCGUUGUCUUUGACGAGGUACACUAUGUUAACGAUGCAGAGAGAGGUGUCGUUUGGGAAGAAGUAAUUAUUAUGUUACCGGAGCAUAUCAAUAUUAUCUUACUUUCAGCUACUGUUCCAAAUGCUAAAGAGUUCGCCGACUGGGUUGGAAGAACCAAGAGGAAGAAUAUCUACGUUAUUAGCACACCAAAGAGACCUGUACCGCUCGAACACCACUUGUUUGCCGGAAAGGAAAUACACAAAAUUGUAGAUGCAGGUGGUAAAUUCCUCAGCAGUGGUCACAGAGAUGCAACAGAUGCCUUACGUAGGAAGCAAGAUAAGGAGAGAGAAGCAGCAGGCUUACCGCCGGUUCAAAAGGCAAGUGGUGGUCCUAGAGGUGGUGGCCGCGGAGGUGGUCGUGGGGGCGGACGUACACCCGCAAAUAUGGGAGCUACUGGCGCACAUCGUGCGAUCAACUCAUACAACAAGUCGCAAGGUGCCAACAGAGGUGGUGGAAAUGCUUCAUCAGGAGGUAACCAAAAUCAUCACUUAGUGCAAUACCUCAAGAAGAAGGAUUUAUUGCCAGUUGUUAUAUUCACCUUUUCAAAGCGUAAAUGUGAAGAACACGCAAGUGGUCUCGGUGGUAUGGACCUACUUAGUGCCGCAGAAAAGAGUGAAGUACAUAUCACUGUUGAGAGAAGCAUAUCUAGAUUAAGAGGCUCUGACAAGCAACUUCCCCAAAUUUCCCGCAUGAGGGAUUUAUUAGGACGUGGUUUAGCUGUGCACCAUGGUGGUCUGCUUCCAAUCGUAAAGGAGAUUGUCGAAUUACUUUUUGGUAGAGGUCUUGUGAAGGUGCUUUUCGCCACUGAGACCUUUGCUAUGGGUGUGAACAUGCCUGCGAGAAGCGUUGCAUUUUCUGGAAUACGGAAACAUGACGGAAAAUCAUUCAGGGAUCUUCUACCAGGUGAAUACACUCAAAUGUCCGGAAGAGCAGGUCGUAGAGGUUUAGAUGCAACAGGUGUUGUAAUUAUUAUGACAAAUGACAACAUACCUGAAACAACCACUCUGCAACAGAUGAUCUUGGGUAUUCCAGGAAAGCUUAACUCACAAUUUAGACUUACUUUUAAUCUUAUCCUUAAUUUGUUACGUGUCGAAACACUCAAGGUAGAAGAUAUGAUUAAAAGAUCAUUUAGUGAAAACGCAAGUCAGAGGCUUCUUCCUGAUCAACAGAAGCAGGUCGAAGAAGCUGAACAGCGUCUCACACUCCUUCAAAAACUCGAUAGGGAAACAUCACUGCCUGAUUUAGAUGUUUUAUACAAUACUAGCGCAGCUUUGAUUGAUGUUAACGCUUACAUUAUUGACUUCGCGCUUAAACAUCCGCAAGGUAGCAAAAUGAUAGGAGCUGGUAGAGUUGUACUCGUCAGAGAUAAUCACUUCAAGGGAAAUUUGGCUGUCUUGCUUCGUCCUCCAAAAUUCUUGCCUACUGGUGCAUCAAAGACAUCCAAAUAUUAUUGGGUUGUUGGUUUAACGGAUGAAAGUACCAAGAAUGGGAAGAGUGAUGUCAGAGCCGAUGACAUUACUCCACGCUGGCCAGCACCAUUGGAUGAAGAAGGAGACGGACUUGUAUAUGAUUUGGUCUCUAUUCCAAGUGAAAGUAUCUCGGUUGUGACGAAAUUCGCUAUGAAGGAGAUUGAUGUAUCUGCUAUUGUUGAUCAUCACCGUAAAUCUGCAUUGCAAGGUUGUGCAAACUACUUGAAAGAGAUCCUUCCAGCAUUUACAAAUAACGCAAUAUUGACAGAAAGAUCAUUAGAAUUAGACUGGUCAAAAUUAAGAGGUUUAGAAUUCCACGAAGCGUUAGCUGAGAAAGAAAAGCUUAUCGAAAAGAUACGUGAUUUAGUACCUCUGACGGCUCUCGAUGAAUUCAUACCUCAAUAUGCUCAAUUACAUGCCGAAAAUGGAUUAAAGAAUCAAAUUGCUUACUUAAGAGCAUCAAUCAGUGAUCAGAAUCUGGAGUUACUUCCAGAUUAUGAAAACCGAAUUAAUGCUUUGAAAGAAAUGCAGUAUAUAGAUCAAAACGCUACUGUGCAACUCAAAGGACGCGUUGCUUGCGAGAUUAACUCGGCUCAUGAACUAAUUCUCACAGAGUUGAUCUUAGAGAAUGUAUUCGCCGCUUACGAACCAGAGGAAAUGGUUGCGCUUCUCUCGUGCUUCCUUUUCCAUGAGAAAUCAGAAGCAGAGCCAGUCAUUCCACCAAAAUUGGAAGAAGGGAGAGAUACAAUAUUUGCUAUCGCAGAUCGUGUACAAAGAGUACUUGAGCACAAUAAAGUUGAAUCAGAAGAUUUCGAAACAUCACUCAAAUUCGGAUUGGUUGAGGUUGUUUAUGAAUGGGCUAAGGGAAUGCCAUUUGAACAAAUUACCCAACUUACUGAUGUAGCCGAAGGUACUAUAGUUAGAGUCAUCACACGUUUAGAUCAGACCUGCUUGGAAGUUAGAGAUGCCGCUAGAGUUAUCGGAGAUGCCGCAUUAUUCCAAAAGAUGGAAGCAUGUCAGACGAUGAUCAAGAGGGAUAUCAUCUUCGCUGCUAGUUUAUACGUGUAAGAUAUAAACAUACAAAUAUUUAAUGCAUUUUUUUGUACAAUUUAUGCUUUGCCUGGAUGUAUUUCACAUCUUAAGAGGU